AUGGCUUCAACCCAGACUGCACUGCCGUUCCUCACGCGCAACUACUCCAAUACGCAAACGCAGUAUCCCCCACCCAACGGCCCCUGGCCCAGUCGUCGGACGUCGCUUUCCAGCUUCCCAGCUUCGAGAUCUCCUUCGUCAAUGUCCAACACAUCUCGUCCAUCACGAUCCCCUCAGCCGCCUCCCAUCGUCGAGACGGAUCGCUCCUCGAACCCGAGCUCCAAAUCCAAGACGCCCUCAACUGGUGUGUCGUCACAACACUCGUCUCUAUCCGCCCCAAGGCGUUACAACCCCGAUGCGCAUCCUCCUCGCAAGUUGCGCUCACAGUACCCGCGUGGGUCCACCGAGAACCAUGUCGAGUACAUCUUGGUAGCCUCUUUCGAUAUCGACCGCGGCCCGGUGAUGGAGCACCAAUAUCCUGUCUCCAUCACCGGCGACGAGCACAUGCUGGCGGAGCUCAUGUUACCCGAUCAGGCCCACGUUCGGAAUCAGGAUUGGACCAUUUUCUUUCUGCACAAGGAUACGAGUCAGGAAGAGGAGGACGAGGAACGCAAAGCCAAGGAAGCCAGGAAAAAGAAGAGAAGGCGCUUGCGCAACCGAGCUGCUGGGAUUAUUGACGAAGAAGAUGGUGGCGAGGACUUGGACGAGGAAGAUGGAGACCUGGAUGAUUUGGACGAGUACGACGAUUCCGAGUCGGACGACGGCGAACCCGAAGGAGGAGAAGGGCCGCCUUUGAUCUAUGUGUUGAACUUGGUCAACACAAAGCAGGACAAGACGGUUAAGAGAGGUGCUGUUGUGAAAGCCAUGGCAAUCUGCACCAGGCAUCCGUUCCUGCACAUAUAUAAACCCCUUCUGCUGCUGGCACUAGACGAAUACUUCAAGGCGCCGGUCCCGGAGACAUUGGCCUUGCUGUACGAUGCCGUCAACUCCAUGGACUUGUCUCUCAUGCCGAAACUCAGCCUGCUUGAACGGCAUUUGUUGUUGGCCAGUGACAACAAAGACUUGUUUGUGGAGAAGUUUGAACAGAUGAUUCAAAUGCGCAUAGCCGAAGAUCGCGGCGAGCACCUUGCUGAUCUGCCCUUUGAUGCGACUCGAGAUCCGCCGAAGUUGCCCGGCGUUUCCAGAGCAGGGACAAAAGCACAUGUUGAGGGAGCUUCACAAUACUCGGUCCCCCGCGAUACACACGAAUUCGAAAGCAAAGUCAUGUACAAGGGCAUCCCGAUUCCUAUCAAGGUGCCUGUGGCCGUCAUGCCAGAGACUGUGGGCGACUUCUCCUUGAUUAAGCUUAUCCAGAAGUUUUCUGAGCCGCAGGGUAAGGCGCCACAACCGUUUCCCUUGCACGCGCAGUUGACAACAAACGGCCCGCAUACGCACCCGAUCAUUGUGUUGGUCAAUGCAUUGCUGACACAGAAGCGGGUAAUCUUUCUGGGGCACAACAUGCCUUCGGGCGAGGUUGCGGAGGCAGUCUUGGCGGCAUGCGCCUUGGCGUCCGGCGGCAUACUCAGGGGCUUCACACGACACGCUUUCCCUUAUACCGACCUGACGAAGAUUGAUGAUCUCCUCAAUGUACCUGGGUUCAUCGCUGGCGUCACAAAUCCGACCUUCGAAUUGCACCCCGAAUGGUGGGACGUCUUGUGCGACUUGCCUACAGGACGAGUCAAGAUCAGUAGCAAGAUCGACCCGGCACUCGCGACCGAAGGAAUGGUCUACUUUCAACAACAAAAUCCGUCGUAUGCUGGCCUCGUUGGAGGCACCUCCAAGGUCGCAGCCGAGAGCGAUCUCACCGGAGACACAGCCUUCAUGCAAGACAUUCUGAGGAGCAUAGCGGCCAGGCAUGGUGAAAGGGUGAUACGCGCCAAAUGGCGAGACUGGGUGAUUAAAUUCACGCGAAUCGCAGCUGCUUUCGAAGAGAGCGUGUAUGGCGCGAGUGCUCUUUACAUUGGUGGCGAUGAGCUGGAGAUGGGGUCAGUAGGGGUCAAUGGGCACGGCUACGUGUGGCCCAACGAGCAGGCCAAGUCCAAGGAGAUGGCAGGCAAUGUGACGAGAAUCGAAGGGUGGAGAAACACAAGGAGCUACUACAGCUUCAUCCAAGAUCUCGCACUGAUGUACACGAUCAAGCCGCUCAAAGGCCUCGACUUGCAUCACAUGCACGACCGGUUACGGACGCAGCGGUUGAAUCCGAUGCAAAGCAAGGAAAUCUACAUGGCAUUUUCCAAAUACGUCCACUCCUACGACGAGAUCUGCCUUCUCCUAAGCGUAGCGCCAGAAUCGCACGCCGGCUUGUUCUACGUCGCCCUGGGUCUCUUCCACAAAGACCGCGACGUGCGCUUCAAGACGGCCGACUUAUUAGAACGCAUCGGGGAGCACGAGGCGGGUCAGCAUUGGUGGAAGGCACUCAGCCGGUUCGAGAAACUGGCGUAUAACCGCAUACGCAAGGAGUUGGAUAUGGAGAUGCGGGCGAAGCUUGAAAAGGAGGGCGUGAGCCCCGAGGUGGAGAAACGGGUCAGCUAA